UCUACUACCUACUGCUAUUAAUAUACGAUUAAUGAUAAAUAUCAAAUGAUUUCUUAGAGCUCAAAUUAUUUCUUGUUUUCAAUGGAUUCGGAUUUUCGUUUCGUUCAUAGCUGUGAAGCGCUGCAUAAAAUACAGAUUAAAAUAGGCACAUUAGAAGGUGAAUGCCCAGCCUAUUCUUACGAACAACUUCUAGAGCAACCACUGUUGAAGUUUUCCGGUCUUAAUGCGGAGAAAUAUCCUCCUUUGAAAGUCGGCGUUCAAGUAUAUGAUGAUGGUAAGCCUUUAGGCCUACACGUCACAACUUCCUAUAAAAGUUUUUCUAAUAGAUGGAGCUGGAAUGAAUGGCUUACAUUACCGUUAUUAUUCAGCGAUUUAUCCCGUAAUUCCGUGCUGGCUAUAACUAUUUAUGAUUGUGCUGGUUACCAAGGAGAGGAAAUUAUUAUUGGAGGAACCUCGAUUUCGUUAUUUGGGAAAGCUGGAAUUUUUCGACAGGGUCUAUAUGAUUUAAAAAUUUGGCCAGGAUUGCGAGGUGAUGGUCGUAUUUUAUCAAAAACACCAGGUAAAUGCAACGAUUUACACAAUAAUCAAAUGCAACGACUAUCAAAACUAGCAAAACAACACCGAAAUGGACAAAUUGAGAAAAUAGACUGGUUAGAUAGAUUAACUUUCAGAGAAGUUGAACUGAUUAAUGAAAGAGAAAAACGUAAUUCGAAUUUCUUGUAUUUGAUGGUUGAAUUUCCAGAACUGACAAUUGAGGGCAAAAUCUGUUCCGUUGUUUACUAUGAACCAGAUGGUGAUAUAAAAUAUCUGUAUAUUUCUAAACCAAAGCUAGUUACAGUACCGGACACCGAAACACUUCAGGAAAAUUUGGUGGAACGUAAACACCAUCGCUUAUCUCGAUCGGCAAGAUCUGGUCUAUCGGAUCGUGAUGCGAAACCAACUGCAAGUGUUCGUGACAUGCUGAAUUAUAUAGUUUACCGCUAUUCCUCUACAUCAUCGUUAAGUAGCGAAGAACAGGAUCUUAUUUGGAAGUACCGUUUCUAUUUAAGUACUCAAAAAAAGGCGCUAACCAAAUUUUUGAAAUGCGUUAAUUGGGAAAUUGGGACAGAAGUGCGACAAGCUUUGACUCUCCUAGCCAAAUGGGCGCCGAUGGAUGUGGAAGACGCUCUAGAGUUACUAAAUGCUUCGUUUAAUCAUCAGACUGUUAGACGUUAUGCAAUUUCUCGCCUCGACCAAGCUCCAGAUGAAGAUUUACUGCUCUAUUUACUUCAGCUUGUUCAGGCAUUAAAAUAUGAACAUUUUGGUGAAAUAUUCAAAUCGUACAGCAAGCUGGUGUCAGAUAAAAAUAUUAAGUCAAUGGUGGAUAAUCCAAUUCAAAGCAACAUAGAAAAUUUCAACGAUCCAGAAGAUAGCCUGUCGCUGUACCAGAUAGAUAAACAUGAUGAACUGCCAACCAGUGAAACGAGCAACAUAGUUACUUCCAAUGAAGUUUUCAACGAGGAUACUACAAGCCCCCACAAUUUAGCAACGUUUUUGAUCCAAAGAGCAUGUAAAAAUUCCACGUUGGCUAAUUACCUUUAUUGGUAUUUAUCAAUAGAAUGCGAAGAAGAAUCAAUCCGAAAACAGGAUGAACGAGUUCGUGAAAUGUAUGUGACAGUUUUGAAAAUAUUUCUUCGUAAGCUUUCGACUGGAAAUGCAGAACUGAAAGUUAUUUAUCAUAACUUAAAUGAACAGCAAAAAUUUAUUGAUAACUUAGUAAAACUCAUAAAAAAUGUUGCUAAAGAAGCUGGCAACCGAAAAAAGAAAACAGAAAAAUUCCAGCAACUGUUAUCCGAUACAGAUACUUUGAAAAUGAACUUCACCAAGUUUGAUCCGCUGCCAUUUCCAUUAGAUCCGGAUGUACGCAUUCAUGGCAUAAUCGCGGAAAAAGUAACAUUAUUCAAAAGCGCAUUAAUGCCGUCAAAGCUGACUUUUUUGACAACAGACUCAACAGAAUAUGUUGCAAUAUUUAAACAUGGUGAUGAUCUAAGACAAGAUCAACUUAUAUUGCAAAUGAUUACGUUGAUGGAUAAACUGUUACGAAAAGAAAAUUUAGAUUUGAAACUGACCCCUUAUCGUGUUUUGGCCACAAGUUCGAAGCAUGGAUUUAUGCAAUAUAUAGAUUCAAUAACGGUGGCUGAAGUUCUGAACGCGGAGGGAAAUAUUCUCAACUUUUUCCGUAAACACCAUCCCUGUGAGGCAGGUCCUUACGGUAUUAAUGCGGAUGUUAUGGAUACAUAUAUCAAGAGCUGCGCUGGAUAUUGUGUGAUAACGUAUUUACUAGGUGUAGGAGAUCGCCAUUUAGAUAACCUUCUAUUAACCGAUUCCGGUAAACUAUUUCAUAUAGAUUUUGGUUACAUUCUUGGCAGAGAUCCUAAGCCAAUGCCUCCACCAAUGAAACUCAGUAAAGAGAUGGUGGAAGCCAUGGGAGGCUUAUACUCUGAGCAUUAUCAGGAAUUCAGAAAACUUUGUUAUACUGCUUUUCUACAUUUGCGACGCCACGCGAACGUUAUGCUCAACUUAUUCGGACUAAUGGUAGACGCCUCGAUCCCAGAUAUAGCUUUAGAACCAGAUAAAGCUGUUAAGAAAGUAGAAGAUAAUUUACGAUUAGAUCUCUCGGAUGAGGAAGCUGUACAACAUUUGCAAAACCUGUUAGAUGUAUCUAUAACAGCUGUUAUGCCAGCCUUAGUUGAACAAAUACACAAAUUAGCUCAAUACUGGAGAAAGUAAUAACACGAUAGCUGUGCAAUAAAAGUAUAUUGCU